CGCAGCGACACUGGCAGCUGCGAACUCUACUUGACUUGUGACGCGAGAAUAAAAGAGCGCGCAAACGCCUUUCUCCCGUCCGAGAGUCAUCGUCAUAGCGACUGGUCAUUGAUCUCUUAAGCCUCCUCCUGUCAACCCAGGCGCUACGUCUUUCACCUCCCGUCUUCUCCUUCAUCUGAAAAUAAAAUAAAACAAAAACCCCUCCUCGUGUAAUAAACAAAGCCAUGCCUGCCAUGUUCCACCGCCGCAAGACCGGCGGUUCUGCCACCGGCGGCGGCGGCGGUGACGUCGAGGCCCCGCCUCCGCGCAAUCCCUCCACCAGCUCAGCGGUAGAAAACGCCGACAACCUCGAAGAGUAUGCCGCAUUGGAGCGCUACAUCAGCACGUACCGCGAAGACGGCACCAGAGACGAGGAUGACCCGGCAAGUAAAGGCCGUAGACGGCGAUGGUGGCAGUUCUGGAAGACGGGCGCUCUGGAGCCCACCGACAUGCAGCCCGCCCCGGAGCCCGACAACACGGUGCCCGAGUCGUGGCUCAACACGGACAUUCACACGGGCAUCAGCGCCGCCGACGUGGAGGAGCGCAGGAAGACGUACGGGUGGAACGAACUGACGGCCGAAAAGGAAAACCUCUUUGUCAAGUUUCUCAGCUACUUCACCGGCCCCAUCCUAUAUGUCAUGGAAAUUGCUGCCCUUCUCGCUCUCGGCUUGAGCGACUGGAUCGACUUUGGAGUCAUCGUAGGCAUCCUGCUCCUCAACGCCUUUGUCGGCUUCUACCAGGAGAAACAAGCCGCCGACGUCGUGGCCAGCUUGAAGGGGGACAUUGCCAUGCGCUGCAUGGUCGUUCGAGACGGGCGAGAGCAGAGCAUCCUCGCGCGUGAAUUGGUCCCCGGAGACAUUCUUUUCGUACAAGAAGGCGACACCGUAGCGGCAGAUGCGCGGCUGAUUUGCGACUGCAGCCGCCCGGACGACUUUGAGAUCUACCUGCGCCUCCGGGCCGAGGACAGGCUCGGACACGUCAGCGACGAAGCGGGCGACGACGCCGCCGACGAGGACAAGGGCGAGCGGGACCGUCGAGCCUCGGUGCUCUCGCAGGCGGCGACCAAGGACUACCGCAGCACCCCGCUCGUGGCCGUAGACCAGUCGGCCAUCACCGGCGAGUCCCUGGCCGUCGACAAGUACCUGGGCGACGUCGUCUACUACACCACGGGCUGCAAGCGCGGCAAGUCGUACGCCAUCGUCAUCAACACGGCCAAGCACUCCUUUGUCGGCCGCACGGCGGAGCUCGUCCAGGGCGCGCAGGACCAGGGCCACUUCAAGGCCGUCAUGAACAACAUUGGCACCACGCUGCUCAUCCUCGUCAUGUUUUGGAUCCUCGCGGCCUGGAUCGGCGGCUUCUUCCACCACCUCGGCGUCACCAAGCCCGGCUCCCAGAACCUGCUGCACUAUGCGCUCAUCCUGCUCAUCAUCGGUGUGCCCGUCGGUCUUCCCGUCGUCACGACGACGACGCUGGCUGUGGGAGCGGCAUACCUGGCCAAGCAAAAGGCCAUUGUUCAGAAGCUGACGGCGAUUGAGUCGCUGGCUGGUGUCGACAUUCUGUGCUCCGACAAGACGGGUACCUUGACGGCAAACAAGCUCAGCAUCCGCGAUCCCUUCGUCUCAGAGGGCCAGGACGAGGACUGGAUGAUGGCCGUCGCCGUGCUCGCCUCGUCGCACAACCUCAAGUCGCUCGACCCCAUCGACAAGGUCACCAUCCUCACGCUGAAGCGGUACCCUGGCGCGCGCGAGAUCCUCCAAAAGGGCUGGGUGAGCGAAAAGUUCACCCCCUUUGACCCCGUGUCCAAGCGCAUCACCAGCGUCUGCCGCCUCGACAACGACCGCUACACGUGCGCCAAGGGCGCGCCGCGCGCCAUCCUCAAGCUCACCAACUGCUCCGAGGAGACGGCCACCCUGUACAAGGAGAAGGCGCAGGACUUUGCGCGCCGCGGGUUCCGCUCCCUGGGCGUCGCGUACAAGAAGAACGACGAAGACUGGGUGCUCCUCGGCCUGCUGUCCAUGUUCGACCCCCCGCGCGAGGACACGGCGCAGACCAUCCUCGAGGCCGCGCACCUGGGCGUGCCCGUCAAGAUGCUCACCGGCGACGCCAUCGCCAUCGCCAAGGAGACGUGCAAGAUGCUCUCCCUCGGCACAAAGGUGUACAAGUCGGAGAAGCUCAUCCACGGGGGGCUCGCCGGCAGCGUCCAGCACGACUUUGUGGAGCGCGCCGACGGCUUCGCCGAGGUCUAUCCCGAGCACAAGUACACCGUCGUCGAGAUGCUGCAGCAGCGCGGCCAUCUCACCGCCAUGACGGGCGACGGCGUCAACGACGCGCCGUCUCUCAAAAAGGCCGACUGCGGCAUUGCCGUUGAGGGUGCUUCCGAGGCCGCCCAGGCCGCUGCCGACAUCGUCUUCCUCGCGCCCGGCCUGAGCACCAUCGUCACGGCCAUCAAGACGUCGCGGCAGAUCUUCCAGCGCAUGAAGGCCUACAUCCAGUACCGCAUCGCGCUGUGUCUGCACCUCGAAAUCUACCUCACCACGUCCAUGAUCAUCAUCAACGAGACCGUCCAGGUCGACCUCAUUGUCUUCCUCGCCCUGUUCGCCGACCUGGCCACCGUGGCCGUGGCGUACGACAACGCUCACUGGGAGCCGCGCCCCGUGGAGUGGCAGCUGCCCAAGAUCUGGGUCGUGAGCGUCCUCCUGGGCGUGCUCCUGGCUGCGGGAACCUGGAUCAUGCGCGGCACCAUGUACCUCCACAGCGGAGGCAUAGUGCAGAACUUUGGCUCGGUUCAGGGCAUUCUAUUCUUACAAAUUGCCCUCACCGAGAACUGGCUCAUAUUCGUCACGCGCGGAGGCUCGACGUGGCCUUCAUGGCAGCUCGUGGGGGCCAUUCUCGGCGUCGACAUCAUCGCUACCUUGUUCUGCCUGUUUGGGUGGCUCUCCGGCAACCCCGAGGUCGACGUCCCAUUUGACAGCUUCCCGCAGCGCGCGGAUGGAUGGACCGACAUCGUGACCGUGGUGGUGAUUUGGCUCUACUCGUUUGGCGUGACCAUCUUCGUGGCCAUCAUCUACUACAUCCUCAACAAGGUGUCGUGGCUCAACGACCUGGGCCGCAAGGACCGCAACAAGAAGGACACCAUGGUGGAGAAUAUCAUCGGCCACCUGCAAAAGCUCGCGAUCGAGCACGAGCUCGACGAGCGCACUGGGAAGAGCAGGUUUCUGCUGUGCGAGAAAUCCGCCGACGACGAGGAGGACCUGUAG